AUGGCGAAGAGCAAGAAUCACAGCACGCAUCAUCAAAAUAGGAAAAAUCACCGUAACGGUAUUUACAGGCCUCCCAAACAGCGGUUCCCCUCUCUAAAAGGCGUUGAUCCAAAGUUUUUGAGGAAUAUGCGUUUUGCAAAAAAACACAACAAGAAGACGGUCAAAGUUUCCAAGCAGUGA